UCCCUCCCUCUUCAGUCGCACGCCGCUUUAGCAUAUCCCCUCAAAUCUCUCUCCACCACCUCACCAAAACACUCCGGAUGGGAAAGAAAAGUGGCACGAGGGAGUCGGCGGCUGACCACCACCACCACCACCGUGCACCGUGUUAGAGCGAGCACAACCGAACCGGCUGGACAUGGACUUCGGGAGCCGCAGCGGCGCGAGUGGGGAGCACAGAACACGGAGCACAAAGAGUGGAGACGCCGCUCGGCUUUUCGCUUAACACGAGUCAUUGUCAGCGUGUACAACAUUAGCACUGAAACAUCCCGGACUGUGCCUCUCUCUCUCUGUGUGUGUGUGCGCUGCGGUAAACGCGGACUGGUGCUUCUUCGUCUCACCGGCGGCCUCAUCACCGGUGCCACCACCAUCAGCUCCGGAGGAAUAAAAAGGCGAGGAAAAUGAGUGAACAGAGUAUCUGCCAGGCGCGGGCCUCUGUGAUGGUCUACGAUGACGCCAGUAAGAAGUGGGUGCCCAUCAAGCCCGGGCAGCAGGGCUUCAGCCGCAUCAACAUCUACCACAACACUGCCAACAACACCUUCAGAGUGGUGGGCGUCAAACUGCAGGACCAGCAGGUGGUGAUCAACUACUCCAUAGUGAAGGGCCUGAAGUACAACCAGGCCACACCGACCUUCCACCAGUGGCGCGACGCUCGCCAGGUCUACGGGCUGAACUUUGCCAGUAAGGAGGAGGCCACCACCUUCUCCAACGCCAUGCUCUUUGCCCUCAAUGUCCUCAGCUCGCCUGACAGUGGAGGUCCAGUCGUUCAGCGCCAAAAUGGGCCGUCCUCGGACGAAAAUGAGGCUCAACGGAGGAUGAUGGAGCAACAUCAGAUGCAGGCGCACAAGGAGAGGGAGCGGCGAACGUCGGGAUCAGUCGUUUCCACUCUCCAAUAUAAAGUCUCCACUCCUCCCCUCCACCCAGACACUCCCCCCGAGUACAGACAGUACAGAGCUAGCACACUGCCACCUUCCUACGUCCGCGUGGCCGCCUCCUCCUCUCCCCCCUCCUCCACCUCCUCCUCUCCUUCUCAGGAGAGAGAGGCAGCUAGGGACAAGGCCCAUCUCUCCUCACAGCUCUCCACCUCGCUCGCCUCAGCUUUUUCCCCCGUCCAGGCAGGAGUGAUGACCCAGGGCCGCCAGGUCCGUCAUAUCCCCCUUUCUCCUCCCACAGCAGCUCGCCACCUACUUCUACAUCAACAACAACAACAACAACAACAACAACAGGAAAUCAUGCUCCCCCCUAAACAUGGCACCUGGUCCGCCUCUCAUUUGCAGCAAAUGUACGCGCAGCUGCCCCCCUCCUCCUCCCCGCCUGUCAUGAUGGCUGUGCCGGUGAAGCAGGGCCCGCCGCCGCAGCCCGUUCUCCCGGUGGCUCACCCCCUCCCACCCCCGAGCACCAGGAUGAAGCCCCCACCCCACGACCAGGGCGCCAUGGUCGCCCCUCACCAGUUCGCCCAGCACCACGCGUCCCACCCUCAGGCCAACGGCCAGCCCGACGACUCCUACUAUCCUCAUUCGCAUGCUCCCCAGCUCUGCGAGGCCGGCCCCCAGCCUCCGCUCGGGGCUCCCACCGCCCUCGGCCCCACCCACAACCACAACCACAACCACAACCACAACCACCAACCCCAGUACCCACCCACCUUUCACUCUCAGCAGCAUCUGCAACAGCCACCGCCUCAUCAGCAGCAGGUGUACUACCACCAGCAGCAGCAGCAGCAGCAGCAGGCCCAGCCCCACACCAUCACUUCUUCCUCUUCCUCCUCGCCCCCCUCUUGCACUGCACUCUCUGACGGGGGAUCGCCCAAGAAGACCCCCUCCCCCGUUCCCCUGCAGGCCCCCGUGGCCAUCAGCAGCCCUCCUGUCUCUGCAGGUCACCCCGCCAUGCUCUCUGUGGCGCCGCCUCCGGCUGUAGCCCCAGCUCCCCUCGCUGGGCCUCCAGCACCGCCUCCACCACCGGGUCCACCACCCCCGAUGGCGGUACCCCCGCCUAUGCCGCCUCCACUGCCCACCGGUGGGGGGCCUCCUGGGGGACCGCCGGGAGUCCAGCACCAAGCCUCAGGACUUGCCGCAGCACUGGCUGGAGCCAAACUACGGAAAGUACACAGGGAUGAAAGCAGUCCGCCCGGCUCCAGUGGCAAAAGUGACUCCAACCGGUCCAGUGGUGGCAGUGGUGGUGGUGGGGAGGGACUGAUGCAAGAGAUGAAUGCCUUACUAGCUCGCAGGCGGAAAGCGUCAGAGAAACCUGAUGAAGAUGACUCCGGUGGUCGGGGAUCGGGUCAGAACUCAACAGAUGCUGUGAAGAAGCCAUGGGAGCGAUCCAACUCUGCAGAAAAGUCCUCACUGGUGUCCAGAGUGAGGCCUAUCGGCAGCACUAGUGAAUCAGACACAGAGUUCGACAGGAUGAAACAGGAAAUUUUGGAUGAAGUUGUACGUGAGUUGCAUAAGGUGAAAGAUGAAAUAAUUAAUGCCAUCAGACAAGAAAUUGGCAGAAUCAGUACGUCCUAAUCUCACCCGAGCCACGGCAGGAGGAGAGCGAGGGGGAGGAGCUAGAGGAGGAUGGACAUGCGGAUGCACGGACACGAGGACCAGGGAAUGUUCUCUCAAUGUUUCUGUGACCUCGCAAUAUGAGACGACGCAAGUUGCAGAGAUGUUGUGCCAACAUUUGAGUCUGCCGGACAGCAAACAUGGAAAGGGGGAGGGGGGGAAGUAGAGGAAAGAGAAAUAGGACGGAUGGAGAAGAGCGACGAGCGGACUGAUGAACUCAACAGAGGAUAAGAAAACGAGGGGAUGGACAGACGUUUGUGCCGAGUUUGGUGUCGUGUUCCUCUCUGUGCACCUACGAUAGACUCAGUCAGCCCAGUGUUGCAGCUCUUUGUUCUCUGUUCAGUCUUAAAGAAGAAAAUACUUUUGUUUUCUAAGUUUUUACUGUUUUAUUAUUAUUAUUAUUAUUAUUAUUAUUUAAAAAAAAACCUGUGGUGACGACGACGAUGCUGUUGGCGACGAUGAGUAUUUUAAUAUUACAGAAGGAAAAAAGGAAACCUUGCACACCAUUUAUGUCAUGCUGUUUUAUUUCUCUCAACUAUUUGAUGACAACAAGCACAAUAUGGGGCAAACGCGGUGCUGCAGACUCACCUGCCCUCAACUGGCGUAUUAUUUAAAAAAAAAAAAAAAACACACAAAAAAAACAAUGUACCUUGUUCAUACCGGUGUUGUGUGUCCUUUGUUGAACGACAGUUAGCCCACUGAAAUUACCUCUUUUCCUCAUUCAAGGCGUAAAAAAAGGAAAGCGAGCAGAACAUAGCGAUAGAUUUGUCUGCUCUCACUGCCCGUGGGG